UUGAUCGAAUCGGAAUGCUUAAAGCGAAAGAAGCCUCAUUCAGUCUUCCCAUUCUCUCCCGCCAGUCAAUGAGGCGCGCUGCCACUCCUCCUCCGCUUCAGCAACUGUCCGCCGCCGUCGCCACCGCCGCCUCCGCCGAGACAUCCGCUGCCAUGUCUUCUCGACCUCCCUACCGAGGUGGCCGGUACGAUCGCCGGGGAGGCUUCUCGUCCGAACGUCCAUACUCCGGCGGUAAAGGUCAAUUCGUCAGUGGUGAUUCUCAUUACCAGUCUGUUCGGGAGUCCAACCUAGGGUUCCGGCAAGGAGAGUGGGGAAGCUUUGCGAACAAUGCGGGAUCUUAUACUGCACCUCAAAACCCUAGGCCUCCGUAUUAUAGUGGAUAUCAUCAAUUCCGACAAGCUUCACCUCACAUUCAGUGGCACCAGUAUCGGGGACCUCAUCCUCAUACUCACAAUCAGCAGCCAUCGUCAUUUAAUCAGAAUCAAGGUGUUCGUACGCCGCAGAAAUUUCGACCUCGGCCUCCGAAGCCGCCAGAUUAUCGCCAUUGGGAUUAUGCGAAGACAUCGCAUCCUUCUACGUGCGAGAGGUUUACAAUUCUUUCAUACAACAUCUUAGCUGAUUACCUUGCCAUGGACCACAAGCAAAAGCUCUACCAUCAUAUCCCUCAUUACAUGUUGGACUGGGAGUGGAGAAAAAAGAAUUUAUUAUUUGAGCUUGGAUUGUGGUCUACUGACAUAAUGUGCUUUCAGGAGGUUGAUAGAUUCCACGAAUUAGAGGAGGCACUGAAAAUUCGUGGGUUCAAUGGAAUUUGGAAGAUGCGUACGGGAAUUCCAGUUGAUGGCUGUGCAAUAUUUUGGCGAGUGUCUAGGUUCAAGCUUCUGCAUGAGGAGUGUAUUGAGUUCAAUAAGCUUGGACUUCGGGACAAUGUUGCCCAGAUAUGUGUUCUUGAGCAGAGGAGUCAAGAUAACGCUGACAAUUCAGAUGCUCCACCGAUUAGCACAUCAAAUUUCAAUAAGGUUGUUAUAUGUAAUAUACAUGUGCUCUACAACCCUAAAAGAGGAGAAAUUAAACUUGGCCAGGUCAGGAUUCUCUUAGAGAAGGCUCACGCUAUUUCAAAAAUCUGGAACAAUGCUCCAAUUGUUCUCUGCGGGGAUUUUAACUGUACACCAAAGAGUGCGCUGUACAACUUUAUUUCAGAACAGAAGUUAGAAUUGUCCGGACUGGACAGAGACAAGGUAUCAGGACAAUCUUCAGCUGAGAUUCAUCAACCUUCAUCACUCUAUCGUAAUCCUCGGCCUCAGACUGCCAGUGGUUCAGUCCCUCUCCAACUGAGGUCAGAUUCCAGAGAUAUUGAAAGGAAGCCAGAUAGUUUUCUAUCUGACAUGAAGAAUCAAGAUUACCCACAUAGCCGCAUGGAAAAUGAGAAUCUUCCAUCGGUGAACCAGUCUUUACCCCCUGAUAGUUCUGACAGUGUCCUUAGUGUUUCUAAUAAUUCUUGCAAUGAUCUCCAACUUGGAAUGAAGGGCAUUUUGUUACAUUCUGAAGGGCAAAAGGAAGGUCAGAAUGGUGCUUUUUUUUACCACAAAAAUGUGGGGGAAACAACUUUCUGUGUUUCAGUAGACAGCUUCAAGGAUAGUUCAAUCAAAUGUGCUGAAGAUGAGUUUACUGUUGAUCAUAUCAGUGAAAAAGUCAGUGAACUAGUCUCUCCUUUUGGAACUGACUCCGAAGAACUCCAUCUGAAUGCAACUGAGAGAAGACAGAUGGAAAAAGUUGAUUCAGCAUCUCAUUUAUACCAUAGAUCUUCUACGGAUUGUUUGGAUAGGGAUGUCAACUUUUACAAGAAAAGCAAAAACUGUGUCAACAAUGUUAUCUUAGAUGAUGGACAGACAGAUUUAUUGGCCUCUAAGAACGUUCCUCUUACACCUGCUUGCCAAAACUUCAUGGCUGACGCUGCUGUAGACUCCUCUGAAGUGGUAAAUUUUGUCCACCCAAUUGCUGAAUUUGAGAAGGAAAGCUCUGCUAGAAAUAUUAAAGGUGGUCCCUCAUUGUCACCGCCCAUGAUUAACUUGGCAGUGGAUGAGCGACUGAAGAUUUUAUCUUCAGAUGAGCAGGAUGUAGCCACAUUAGAUGGAAGCUUAACCGAGGAUGAUCGUACAUUUCUCUCAGCUUUGCAUGACAUUGAUGAAGAACCCUUUUCGUCCGAGAUUCAUCAAUCUGUUAGACAUCAAAGCUUGGUUGCACCGCACACUGGAGUUGGAGAUGAUUUGCCAGGAUUGAAUACCAAGUCUUUUGAAGUUGAAAAUACUAUUCAUGAUCGCUCAUUAUGGACUCCAAUGGAAAUAGAAAUUGCAACAGGAAAUGGAGAUUGUACUCUUAUGGAACACCCUCUAAAGCUUAGAAGCACGUAUACAGAAACUGAGGACUUUUCCGGGACCAGAGACUUGAACUGGGAACCCCUGGUGACUAGUUACAAUAGGUGUUUUCUGGGCACUGUUGACUACAUAUGGCGUUCAGAAGGUCUCCAGACGGUCAAGGUGCUUGCCCCUAUAAAGAAAGAUGUCAUGAUGGAGCUGACUCCUGGAUUUCCUACAAAGAAAUGGGGCAGUGAUCACAUUGCCCUAGCUGCAGAAUUGGCGUUUACAAGGAGGCAUGAAGAAUGAUGGUGUGAAUAUUAAGAGACAAUUAUAAUAAGUAAAUAAAUAAUUCUCGUUGCAAUUGGAGGGUUCUUUAUUUGAGGAACUGAAGUGGUUCCAAUGAUAGCAACCUGCAGGUUCAAGUGUUGAUUCAAGAGGACAUAGAGCCUAAGAAGGUCGUUUCUCACUAAUGCUAAGUUUCAGAGUUACUUGAACGCUCUGAUGUGAUGUCUUGAUUUCAUUAAUUAUUUGGUCUGGAUGAGCUAUGUCACUUGCUGUGUUGCAGUUAAGUUGGAGCAGAUAUUCGUUUUUUUUUUAUAUUACAAUAUAAAUUUUAAUAGGAAUGGCCUCCCUUGGUUCUGCAAGUGCCACGGUAAAGAGGGGAAGAAAAUCUGACCUAAUCUUUGUUGUAGGAAAGAUACCGUUACUACACAGGAACUUAUGAACGAGUCUUCUGAAAGAUAAA